AUGUGGUGGGGGGGCCGGGGCCAGAGUUUCAACAUUGCCCCCCAGAAGGAGGAGCCAGAUAUGGGGCACUCUGGACCAAAGUCUGAGCAAGCUAGCAAAAUGCCAGAACCUACGAGUAGUCAGCUCAGCAGUUGCCUGGCCUCUGGAUGUCUUCCAGGGGAGCAUAUCCAAGCAUGGGCUCCAGGAGUAAGGAAGGGCUUGGAACCAGAAUUACCUGGAAAACUGAUCUGCACCAACUUGAGGGUCACCUUCCAGCCCUGUGGAUGGCAGCGGAGUCAGGAUACUCCCCUGAGCAGUGAGUAUGAUUUUGCCUUGGUCAACAUCGAGCGAUUAGAGGCUGUGAGUGGCCUGUCUAGAGUCCAGCUGCUCCGUCCAGGGUCCAUGCUAAAAUUUGUCCCUGAGGAGAUCCUGAUUCAUGGCAGAGAUUUCCGGCUGCUCAGAGUUGGUUUUGAAGCUGGAGGACUAGAACCUCAAGCCUUUCAGGUGACCACAGCCAUUGUCCAAGCCAGAGCUCAGACCAGUCAAGCCCAACAGUAUUCAGGGAUAACUCUGAGAAAGGCUGGCCAGAGUUCUAGCCCUAGAAAACCACCUGUUCCCCUUUUGGAAACAUCAGAAGACUGGGAGGCUGAGCGGAAGCAGCAGGGAGCCAGGGGCUGGAGGGUCAGCACUGUCAAUGAGAGGUUCGACAUAGCUACCAGCCUCCCCCGUUACUUCUGGGUCCCUAACCGAACUCUGGACAGUGAGGUCAGAAGAGCAUUUGGUCACUUUCGUCAGAGCCGUGGACCGCGCCUGUCCUGGCAUCACCCUGGUGGCAGUGACCUUCUCCGCUGUGGAGGCUUUUAUACAGCCAGUGACCCCAGCAGUGAGGACAUCAGAGCAAUGGAGUCCAUGCUCCAGGCGGGGCAUUCAGAUGUUGUCCUGGUAGACACUAUGGAUGAGCUACCCAGUCUUACAGAUGUCCAACUUGCCCACUUGAGGCUGAGGGCCCUCUGCCUGCCUGAUUCAUCUGUAGCUGAAGAUAAAUGGUUCUCAUCUCUGGAAGGAACUCGAUGGUUGGACUAUGUCAGGUCUUGUCUCCGAAAGGCCAGUGACAUCUCAGUUUUAGUGACAUCCAGAGUUCGCUCGGUAGUACUUCAAGAGUACGGUGAUCGUGAUCUCAAUGGCCUCCUCUCUUCACUCGCCCAGCUGCUUUCAGCCUGUGAAGCCCGGACACUACUUGGCUUCCAAUCCCUAGUACAACGAGAGUGGGUGGCAGCUGGACACCCCUUCCUGACUCGGCUUGGGGGAACUGGGGCCAAUGAGGAGGCCCCAGUGUUUCUCCUCUUCCUUGAUUGUGUCUGGCAGCUCCUCCAGCAGUUUCCUGCUGAGUUUGAAUUCUCGGAGUUUUUUCUUCUUGCUCUUCAUGACAGCGUCAGGGUUCCUGACACCCUUACCUUUCUAAGAGAUACUCCCUGGGAGCGUGGAAGGCAGAGUGGACAGUUCAACUCCUAUAAAGAAGUCUACACCCCCGGGUACUCCCAGCCUCCAGCUGGGAAUGCUAUUAACCAGCAGCUGUCUGUCUGGGAUUGGGGUUUACGUUACAGCAAUGAACAGAUACUACAGUUCCAUAACCCUGGCUAUGACCCAGAGCACUGCCCAGAUUCCUAUCUCCCUAGACAGCAGUCAAGCUUCAUGGUUCCUGGACCCCCCAGUUCUUUGUGGCUCUUCUCUAGAGGAGCUCUGACUCCCCUAAAUCAGCUCUGUCCUUGGCGGGACAGUCCUUCCCUGCUGGCAGUCUCUUCUCGCUGGCUUUCUCGACCUGCCAUCUCCACUGAAAGUCUGGCUGACCAGGAGUGGGGACUCCCCUCACAUUGGGGGGCUUGCCCUUUACCCCCAGGUCUCCUGCUGCCUGGAUAUCUGGGACCCCAGAUCAGGCUCUGGAGACGCUGCUACCUGAGAGGACGGCCUGAGGUCCAGAUAGGCCUGUCAGCUCCCACAAUCUCUGGCCUCCAAGAUGAGCUAUCCCAUCUUCAAGAACUAUUAAGGAAAUGGACACCAAGACGGUCUCCUGAGGACUACUCCAAGAAAAGAGACCCAAAUAACAUUCUCUCGAACCCUGCUGAAACUACUGGCAUUGUCACAGACAGGGCAGAGACUAGUCUGGGUCGAGACAAGUCCCGGUCCCAGCCACCCCUCAGCUUUGGUGUCCCGUCAUUACCCAAACGGUAA